AGGCGAGCUAUGAACUGCAUGCAAAUAGUUCUUUGACUGCCAAUACUUUAAGUACAGUGCACCUUUGUUUAAGCUUAGUUUAUUUUGCUAGGCUGUUGAUGGAAGUAAAACAGUGCCACUGUUUAAAACCAGAAAAAAAAAACAUAUAUAAAUAGAUUUGGAGAUACAAAGAGAUACUAAUUAUUUAGAAUUGUAAUUGUAGUACUGUAUUCCAGUCAUUAAAAGAUGGAUAUAGCCCCUAUAAUGGAAGAAGUUCUUCUCAAGAUGUCACAGCAAAAAAAGAAAAUAUCACCAAAAAACUACAAGGAAAGACUGUUUGAGUUAACAAAAACAACACUUUCAUACUACGAGCACGAGAAAGGGAAACGAGGAAACAAGAAAGGAUCAAUUUUAAUCGAAAAAAUUCGCUGUGUUGAGACCGUCCAUCUUGAAGAACAGACUCCGGUCGAGAGACAGUAUCCAUUCCAGAUUGUGUAUGAUGAGGGAAUUCUGUACAUAUUUGCAAACAAUGAAAGCAGUCGGAUAAAAUGGUUGGAAGCGUUAAAACACGAAAUCAAGAACAAUUCAAACCUUUUUAAGAAGUACCACAGCGGUUUCUGGGCAGAUAAAAAGUUUCUUUGCUGUAAGCAGGCAGUGAAAAAUGCCCCAGGAUGCACCUUGUGGGAUUCAUCAGGAAAAUUGAAGCCAGAUCAAUGUUAUACCAACAAACAUCUUCCUCCUAUACCUGGACAGGGUAGGGAACACACAUGCCUUCCUCCCAUCCCGGAGAGCGGGAAAACCUCCCUGAAGAUUGUGGUGGCGCUGUACAAUUACAACAGACAGGACAACACUGAACUCAGCCUGGUGAAAGGAGACAAGUAUUAUGUUUUAGAAGAGCAUAGUCUUGACAGGUGGAAAGUCAGAGACACGAAAGGGACAGAAGGCUACGUACCCACCAACCAAAUACGAGAAAGGUGGCAAAGUCUAGUAAUCUGUAAUGAAGGGCAAGCUCCCAGUAAACUCUUGAAAGCGCAGUCACUCAGUGAGAGCACAGCAACAGAACGUUUUACCCUCAGACGGUCACAUGGAAUUAAUCAUGAGGAUAGUGAAGACAGUUCAGACAAUUCUUUAAGCGUGCAAUCAGUCAAUGUUGAAGACUAUGAUUGGUACACAGGAAAUAUAUCUCGAGCUAAAGCAGAACAACUUUUGAAGCAGAAGGGGAAAGAAGGUGCCUUUUUGGUCCGAGAUUCAAGCCAACAGGGUAUAUAUACAGUGUCUGUCUUUAGCCUGGCACUUCAAGAUAAAAAUGGUUCAAUUCGGCAUUACCGUGUAAACGUUACUCCUGACAAUCAGUAUUACCUGGCAGAGAAUCACCUGUUUGACUCAAUCCCGAAAAUGAUUCAAUAUCACCAGCACAAUGCAGGAGGAAUAGUUACUAGACUACGCCACACAGCAGCAGUAAACGUGAACAAGGUGCCAUCCUCAGCUUAUGGGAAAUGGGAGCUGAAUCGAGAAGAAAUAACCCUUUUGAAAGAGCUGGGCAGCGGGCAGUUUGGAGUGGUGCAGCUGGGGAUUUGGAAUGGGAAGUACGAUGUCGCUAUCAAAAUGAUCAAAGAGGGCUCCAUGUCUGAGGAUGAAUUCAUUGAGGAAGCUCAAAUAAUGAUGAAACUGAGACAUCCAAAGCUGGUGUCACUCUAUGGAGUUUGUACCAAAGCCUACCCCAUCUAUAUUGUGACCGAAUACAUGUCCAAUGGCUGCCUGCUAGACUACAUGAAGGCUCAUGGGAAGGAGUUGCAGCAGACGCAGUUGCUAGAGAUGUGUCUUGACGUCUGUGAUGCCAUGACCUACCUGGAGAGCCAGCAGUUUAUACACAGAGACUUAGCUGCCAGAAACUGCUUGGUUGAAAAAGACCUGACAGUAAAAGUUUCUGACUUUGGAAUGGCCAGGUACGUGAUGGAUGAUCAGUACACAAGUUCAGCUGGUACUAAGUUUCCAGUGAAGUGGUCUGCCCCAGAAGUUCUGAAUUACACCAGAUUCAGUAGCAAAUCUGAUGUGUGGGCUUUUGGGGUCCUGAUGUGGGAGGUGUUCAGUUUGGGAAAGCAGCCUUACGAUCUUUAUGAUAAUACCCAAGUGGCUCAGAAGAUCAUGCAGGGAUACAGGCUUUACAGACCACAGAUGGUGAAUGAAGAUUUCUAUAAAGUAAUCAAAAGCUGCUGGCAUGAGAAAGCAGAAGAGCGGCCUACUUUCCAGCAGCUGCUGGAAACUAUCCAAAGCUUUCUAGAGGAAUGA